CGUAGCGACAGAACUACACGGGCCGCACCUGCCGGAACUUUUCUCCCUCCUUCGCCAUCUCGGUUCUUUAUCCAGCAGGCGGCGGCCGCACCUCCUCCUCCUCCUCCUCCUCCUCCUCUCCACUCCGCCGUCCUUUUCUCUCCCCGUUUCCUUGCUCUCGCAGCCGCUCUUCAAUCCCUCUCCUCUCUUCUGCCCUCGCGGAUCCGGAUCUUAGCCCCCUCUUCCUCUCUCCGCACAGCGCGGUGCGGCGGCGGUUGUUGGAUGAACACCCCUGAUAUUACAAGGCGCCUAAAUCAGAAACAGGUAGCUGUUGGUGCACAGAUGCAGGCAGCAGAUAAUCUCGGGGAACAAGUGCUGGGGCCUGUUCUUGUUGCAAGCAAUACUUGUCAAGGUGCCGUGGCUGAUCUAGGUCGGGUCGCCGAAGUGAACCAGUCAGGGGCAGAGCUGCACGUAGAAAAGGAACCUGUUGGCAAACAAGCAAUAGCAGAAGGAGGUCCGCAGCAGACUGGUGAAAAUGAUCAGGAACAAGCAUCAAAUGGCAUUGACACAGCUGCAGAAGGACUUUUGGAAGAUAUUAUAUUGGAUGAACAAUCCAACUUUGGGGAACCUACAAUGCAGCACGCUGAAGCACAAGAUCAGUUACAUGAUGUUACAGAAGUGCAUGAAAUGCCUAGCAACGAUACAAGCAGUGGAAGCGAUUCAGGCAGCAGUUCAGGGAGCGAGUUAGAUACUGAACUGGGGAAAUGCUUUACCCUAGUUUUGAGUAAGGAGGGGAUCAAACUACAGGAGAAAGAAGUUUCAUCUACAAUGCAACCGAAGUGGCAAACUAAAGCCAACCCAGGACUUGCAGAGGAAGAGGAAGCUUAA